AUGGACAGGAAUUCGAACAGCAGUCGGAGGAACAAUGACGACGACAACAACCACAAUACUCCUUCGACUACCGAAUCGCCCAACAGCAAUGGCAGUGAAUCCACCAAGGCCAAGACCUACCCCAUGAACCACAGUGAUCGCCUUGGCCACGACAUAGCCGACGAGCAGACGCCCCUACUGUCACACAGCGGACAUGAGAGCAAUCUUGGGACAUUGAACAACAACAACAACAACAACAAUAACAAGAACGGAGGGCGCCGGGAACGCCUCAAUCGCUGGAUGUACUCGCGAUCGGUCAAGGUCGUGGCUGCAGUCCUGAUCGGAUGUCUCCUCGUCGCUGCUCUCUCCCCAUGGGUUGCCCAGCGUGUGCUCGAUCAGGCCAUGGUCCUCGACAUCCAAAAGGCCAGCAUCUACGAUAUGGACCAGACUGGAUUCCAAAUAUCGAUCCAAAGCACCGUUUACCUUGAUCCCGCCCAUGAUGGUAUCUUUGGUCUCACGCGUACUCUCCAGUCCGUUUUCCAUCCGACCAUGACUAUUGAAUCCACCGUGCUCCAUCUGAGCCUGCCGACCGAUCAGGACGAUGCUCAUAUGGCGGAAUUCGAGGUCGAGAGGCAGCACAUGCAAAUGGGCGACAUCCUGCAACUUAACCUGUCCACCCACAUCAAUGUGACCGAUGCGAAUCGAAUGGCCCAGUUCUUCCACGCGACGCUCCAGCAGUCGACGGUUGACUUGGCGAUCCGAGGCCCUAUCUUGACGAGGCUGGGGUCGCUCUGGUACAUGAGACUAAGGAUUAAUCGGAUAGUAUCGAUGGAUGGGAUGAAGGGUGUGCAGAAUGCGACUCUGGUGUCCAUGUCCCUCCCUGCUGACCACCCCCAAGGGGGCAUCGCCAUGUCUGGCCUCGCACUGCUCAACAACCCCUCGCGCACCGUCUCGAUCAAGAUGGACGCCGUCACGUUUGGCAUCUAUCUGCCCUCGGUGGCUCACCCAGAGGUCGACCAAUUCAAGAUUGCAGAAAUGUCGUGUCCAGAGCUCAACCUCGAGGCAGGGAAGUCGAGUCAGGUCGCUCUCUCGGGUCGCCUCUUUCAUCUGGACGACUGGAUCCUGAGUGAGAUGGGGAGGACGAGCUCGUUUGGUUCAGGAUCAGAGAAGCAGUUGCUGUUGGGCCGUCUCCUGUCGCGCUUUAUUCAGGGCCAAGAUUCGACUAUCCAAGUACGGGCACUGUCCAAGGACCCAAAUCUCCCAUCCUGGCUGGUAGAGGCAUUCAAGAGUAUCGUCCUCGACAUGGCUUUCCCAGGCUCGCCAGCACAGGACUUUAUUCGAACACUGGGUAUGAAUCAACUCAAGUUUGGGUUCACCGACAACCAAGAGUCAGCCAUGCUGACUGGGCGCAUGUCUAGUGAGCUACAGCUACCGCCGAAUGUCACCUUUCCUAUCAAGGUUCUUCAGAUGAAGCCGACGGCAUGGUUACGGACACCCGAGGGACAGGAUAUGGCAUUACUUGAGAUGCCUGACUUUUUACCUACAACGAGUCAGCAGGACGGGGAUGUGUUGGAGGUGCAGGUGGACAUGAAGGAUACUCCAUUGAGGAUCGUGGCCGACCAUUUGGACGACUUUUACCAAUUCUUGAAUACGUCGUUCACGAAGGAGUGGAUUGAGCUUGGGAUCGCAGGCGAGGCGCAUGCUGUUGUUGAGUGUGGCCUUGGCACGUUUGAACUUGGACCGAUCCCCUUUGACGUGAUCACACGCCAGCGAGGUCUAGGUGGUCUCGUCAGUGUUCCUCCUGUAUUGGAGUCAUUGGAUGUCGUCGACAGCACUGAACAUUCACUCACUGUCAAGGCAACUUUGGUUCUUUGGAACCCAUCCAACAUCUCGGCCGACCUGGGUGAUCUGUCGUUCUUGUGGUCUUAUGGAGGCUAUCUGAUUGGAAUGGCCUCUGUCCCGCAGCUUCAAGUUCAUGCUGGCAACAACACCAUCGAGUGCAUAGGUAUGAUGGACCCCUCUAUCCACUGUCUUCACAAAAAGGACAAGACCUGCGACCCAGAGCUCGCAAAGAAUGCCUCGCGGGAGUUCAUCUCCAAGUACAUUUCUGGCGACAACUCGACGUCGAUCGAUGUACUUGGAUACCCCGAGUCGACACAUAUCCCUCUCCUCCAGCCGAUGAUGUCUACAUUCUCGAUCUCAUCCGGACUACCCGCGAUCGAGGAUGACUUUUUGGUCUCCACCACGAUGUACCUGCUGUCGUCAACGAUUGUUCUGGAGCUCAAGAACCCAUUGGAUACGGCGAUCACGGUGCUGUAUAUCAAUGGCACAGCGUCCUACAAGGAUGAGCCCCUGGGCCACGUCAACGUCGACUUUGAACACGAUAUUGCGAGUCCCAAACCGAUCUUGAUCCCCGCCAACGACCAUCAGAACGAGACAUCUGGGUAUGUCAAGACACCGAGACUGCCGGUGGCGUUUGACCUGUCGUCAGUCGGAUACGAGGCAUUGAAGAAGGCGCUGGGGGGAUCGCUGGAGGUGGAUGUUUCGUGUCAUAUCAAGGCCAAGGUGGGGUCGAUGUUGAUGUGGGUUGACUUUUCUAAGGAAGGGAUUCAGUCUAAUGUGAGAAAGGGCUUCUAG